CGGAGAGUCCCGGAGGGCGGUCCCGCAGCCCCGGCCCGAGAUGGCGGCGCAGGGCAGGUAGCGGCCCCGCCAUGCACUUCUCCAUCCCCGAGACCGAGACCCGCGCCGGGGACGGCGGCGCCGCCUACGUGGCCUACAACAUCCAUGUGAAUGGGGUGCUGCACUGCCGGGUGCGCUACAGCCAGCUCCUGGGGCUGCACGAGCAGCUGCGGAAGGAGUAUGGCGCCAAUGUGGUCCCAGCCUUUCCCCCAAAGAAGAUCUUCACGCUCACACCAGCAGAAGUAGAGCAGCGCCGGGAGCAGCUGGAGAAGUACAUGCAGGCUGUGCGGCAGGAUCCGAUGCUGGGAGGCAGUGAGACCUUCAACAGCUUCCUGCGCAAAGCCCAGCAGGAGACACAGCAGAUCCCCACAGAGGAGGUGGUGCUGGAAGUGCUGCUUUCCAAUGGCCAGAAGGUCAAGGUCACCAUCCUGACCUCAGACCAGACGGAGGACGUCCUUGAGGCUGUAGCUUCCAAGCUGGAUUUGCCGGAUGACCUGGUGGGAUACUUCAGCCUCUUCCUCGUGAGGGAGACCACGGACGGAGGUUUCUCCUUCGUGCGGAAGCUGCAGGAGUUUGAGCUGCCGUAUGUGUCCGUCACCAGCCUGCACAACCCCGAGUUCAGGAUCAUCUUGCGCAAGAGCUACUGGGACUCCUCCUAUGAUGAUGACGUGAUGGAGCAUCGUGUGGGGCUGAAUUUGUUGUAUGCGCAGACUGUGUCGGACAUUGAGCACGGAUGGAUCCUCGUCAACAAGGAACAGCACCGGCAGCUGAAGUCCCUGCAGGAAAAAGUCUCCAAGAAGGAGUUCAUCCGCCUGGCGCAGACCCUCAAGUACUACGGCUAUCUCAAGUUCGACCCCUGCAUCACUGACUUCCCAGAGAAAGGAUGCCAUGUCGUCGUCAGCGCCGGCAACAAUGAGCUCAACUUCCAGGUGCGGCUGCCGAACGAGCAGAUCAAGGAAGGCAGCUUCAAGGUCACGCGCAUGCGGUGCUGGCGGGUGACAUCCUCGGUGCCGAUGAGCAAUGGUCCCGCGGGGAGCAGCCCUGGGAAGUCAGAGGUGAAGCUGGAGUUGGCGUUUGAGUAUCUCAUGAGCAAGGACCGGCUGCAGUGGGUCACCAUCACCAGUCCACAGGCCAUCAUGCUGAGCAUCUGCCUGCAGUCCAUGGUGGAUGAGCUGAUGGUGAAGAAGUCCGGAGGCAGCAUCCGGAAGAUGUUCCGCCGGCGUGCAAAUGGGGCACUGCGGCGCUCAGACAGCCAGCAGGCCGUGAAGUCACCCCCACUGCUGGACUCACCGGACGCCUCCCGUGAGCCAAUGGCCAAACUCUCAAGCAAGCUCACCUCUGUCAGCCUCCGAGGGAUGAGCCAUUCCAGCUCGAAUAAUGAAGUGGGCGCAAACGACUUCCACGGUAAUUACGCCUUUGAGGGCAUUGGUGACGAGGAUCUGUAGUGCCCCCCUCCCUCGGGCAGCACGGGCCCUCGCCGAGGAAUGUACAACCUGCAGCCAGGUUGCAAUCAACGUGCCUCUCACCCGCUACAUCCGCCUUCCCCGCUCCCUGGGCUGGGGUCUCGCCCCCAGCUCCCCACCACCUUGGGGCUGGGGGCAGCCGAGCCCCUCCUGCUGCUGGCUCCGGCUGGGAGAGGGCUCCUUCCCAAGGGUAGCACGCCGGGGCCCUGGAACGGCAUUGCAGCGCCUGGCCCAGCGCGGGGGGCACAGCUGCCCCUCCCCGGCGGUGCCAAGCAGCCCUCAUCAGGCUCCGUAACGCCAAAUUAGCGCUUAGGUUUCUGCUUGGAGACAGCCGGUGUCUCCCGGGGGCUUGUGCAGAGCCCCCCUCUAACCCGCUCAUAGACUCCAGCGUAAUCCAGGCUUGUAACCACCUCUCCUGCUGCUCAGACCCACCGGAGCGUGCACGGACAGGAACGAUGUUUACA